UGCUGGUGGCAGUGCAUCCCCUGGGAUUGCGUGUACACACGUCUGACACUCAGCAACAUAACUAGUGAAGAUGAUAUUGCGAGGAGGUCUGACGCUCCUUGUCGUGGCCGCAGCCGUUCUGGGCCAGAGCCACAACCACAGAGCAGACCCUACUUAUUCCGGAUGGAACGUGUUAGAAGUGAAGGCACUGCCUCCGUUUCUGAAUCUGGAGGCCCUUGGAUUUCCCAGUCACAUGGACCUCCUCAGCUUCAACACAGGGGCCGGUACAACGUUGUUAGCUGUGGCCCAAGAGAGGCUGACGCAGUUCAUGCAAAGACUGACGGAAGCCGGCGUGGCCUUCCAAACCAAGAUCAACGACCUCUCCCAAUUAUUCAUAAGGCCUCUUACGUACGACGUGACAAGGAGUCUUCCGAGAGGUGACCUUACCUUUGACCGCUACAUGUACUAUCAAGAGAUCGAGUCCUACAUAGAGGCUCUACCUUCCAAACACCGAAAUAAGGUCCAAGUCGACGAGAUUGGGCGGAGCGUCGAAGGCAGACCCAUAUACCUCAUUACAAUCAACAAGAAAACCAAAACCCGCAAAGUCGACAAACCUGUCAUAUUCAUAGAAGCAGGGGCGCACGCGAGGGAGUGGGUGUCCCCGGCCUCGGCGCUGUACCUGGUGGAGCGCCUGCUGGAGAGUCCGUCCCUCCUGCGCAACGCCGAGUGGCGCCUCGUCCCGCUGCUCAACCCCGACGGCUACGUCUACUCCUGGCACCAUGACCGGCUGUGGAGGAAGAACCGCGCCCCCUCCUCCGUCCCCGAGUGCUUCGGCGUCGACUUGAACCGCAACUUCGACUUCUACUGGGGAGGAGUCCAGGCCGGAAGGGACCCUUGCUCCGACCUCUACCAGGGGUCGAACCCGUUCAGCGAACCCGAGUCCAGGGCGCUGAGGAAAGCCGUUUCUGCGGUCAAGAGAAGAACCAAGGCGUAUAUAUCGCUUCACUCCUUUGGGCAAACAUUCCUGUAUCCUUGGAGCUACUCCAGAGCCGGCAACAACUCCAAAUCCAAAGACCUGGUGAAUUUAGCGGACGGAAUGGUGAGGAAAGUCGAAGCCGCUGGCGGGACGCGCUACAACAUCAGCAGCAGCGGAGUUUCACUUCUCGUCGGAGGGGCGUCUGACGACUGGGUGGCGAGUCAGGGCGUCCCUUACGUGUACACCAUGGAGCUCCGAGACAGGGGCGAGACCGUCUUCCACCUCCCGGAGCACCUCAUCGUCCCAACGGGAGAAGACGUCUGGACGGCCAUGAAGUAUCUCGGGAGGAAACUUCGGUACAGAAGGAAGAACAAGAGGAACAAUAUGUCCCACGCUUCUCGGCUUAUUGAUCAUAAACACACUUGUGGUAUAGCAUUUGAAGUGUACAGCACACAGUGGAGUGAGACCGCUUUGCAAAUGAACACUUCUAGAUCAGCACAGGUCUUUUCUCUGAGUUCACUUUUGCCGAGAGUGGAGAGGAGGAGCACCAACGUAUCAGUGCCACGAGCAGUAACAACAAAGUUGGAUGCUUGGCUCUUGACACAGGGUAGUAUUAUACUCGUGUCAGCUUCCUCAUGGCACCCCUCCAGUCCCUACCCCAGUGUUGACAUCAGGACUAGAAGACUCAAUCCCUUCGUUAUUGAAUCCUCCAGCGAUAACGAUGGUCUUGCUUGCUGGUGGCCUUUAGAACCAACUGCUGGGACAAAAGUCUUGCCACAAACUGAGGAUAUAAAUAUGAUGCUGAAGAUGCGACUGUGGGCGGGUUUGUGCCAGCUGGUCCUGGCUGCGGCGGCUCUGGGUCAGGCUGCUGGCCCGGCGGCCGACCGCGCCUAUGCAGGGUGGAGUGUGCUGGAGGUGACGUCACCCGCCGCCCUCGUCCACGCAGAGGGCUGGGGGCGUCCAGGUCAUGUGACCUUCCUCAGCUUCGACAGGCAGAAAGGAUCCACGAUCUUAGCGGUGUCCCAGGAGGAGCUGCCUCACUUCGCGCAGAAACUCACGGACGGGGGCUUGACCUUCGGCGUCCAGAGUCGAGAUCUCUCUCAAGUGCUCGUGAGCCCCCUUCCUUAUGCCCAGUUAGGGGAACUCCCGAAAGGUGUCGCCACUUUUGAUCGCUACAUGAAAUACGAAGAGAUAAUAUCAUACAUAGAAGAACUACCCAACAACUACCCGGAUCAGGUUCACUUGGAGGAGCUUGGUCGCAGCGACGAGGACAGACCUAUAUACCUCCUCACCAUUAAUAAAAACAACAGCACUCGCAAGAAUGAGAAAAAUGUCAUAUUCAUUGAAGGAGGUAUGCCUUGCAACAGAGGGCGCACGCGAGGAGUGGUGUCCCCGGCCUCGGCGCUGUACCUGGUGGAGCGCCUGCUGGAGAGUCCGUCCCUCCUGCGCAACGCCGAGUGGCGCCUCGUCCCGCUGCUCAACCCCGACGGCUACGUCUACUCCUGGAACCAUGACCGUCUGUGGCGCAAGAACCGUGCUCCCUCGUCAGACCCGGAGUGUUACGGCGUCGAUCUGAACAGGAACUUUGCAUACCACUGGGGAGAGGUUGGCAGCAGCAGCGAGCCCUGUUCUUUCAUAUACCAGGGUCCCCAACCCUUCAGUGAACCCGAGACACAAGCACUUCGAGAUGCCGUUCUCGAAGUUCAGGACAGAACCAAGGCCUAUCUGUCGCUACAUUCCUACGGGCAAGUGUUCCUGUAUCCUUGGGGUUACACCAGAACAGUCAACCACUCUAGAACAGCAGAACUGGUGAAGAUGGCAGAGGGAAUGGCAAGGAGGAUAAAGGCUGCGAACGGUACUGAUUACACAAUCAGUGGCAGCACAAGUGCAUGUAAGCUACACAUUGAAUUGAAAUAG